ACCACCUCCUCCAAAAUGCCAGAUGAAGUACCAAAACGCAUCCUCUCCAUCCAAUCCGCAGUAGUCUCAGGCUACGCAGGAAACCGCGCCUCAACCUUCCCUCUCCAACUCCUCGGCUACGACGUCUCAGCCCUCAACACAGUCCAUUUCUCAAACCACACUGGAUACGGCUCAUUCCGCGGUUUCCGACUUACGGCCGAGCAGAUCUUGGAGCAAUAUGAGGGGUUGGAGGAGAACGGGUUGAGUUGUCGACAUGGGUAUUUGUUAACGGGAUAUGUGCCUGGUGAGGAGGGUGUUAUGGCUGUGGGACAGAUUGCGGAGAGGCUAAGGAAUGAGAGGAAGAGGAUGGGGGAGGGCUUGAUGUGGGUUUGUGAUCCGGUGAUGGGGGAUCAGGGACGGUUAUACGUCUCGCAAGGCUGCGUGGAAGCCUAUAAAGACAUCAUCCGGUCCGCGGACGUGAUCACCCCGAAUCAAUUCGAAGCAGAGACUUUAACAGGACUCACAAUAACCUCCCUCCCAACCCUCCGCACCGCAAUGACCGCCCUCCACGAAGCCUACGGCGUCAAACACGUCGUCAUCACCUCCAUCCAACUCCCCUCCCACCCCGACUCCCUCAUCUGCGCAGGCUCAACCCAAACGCCUGGGAAACACAUGCAUGCGCAAUUCUGGUACCAAGUACCGAAACAACCUGGAUUCUAUUCGGGGACAGGCGAUGUGUUUGCUGCGCUCCUGCUGGCACAUCUCGAUGCGGGGAGUUUGGCGGAAGGGGGCGCGUUACAGAUCGUGGUCAGGAAGGUAUUAAGUACGCUUUCCUCCAUCCUCUCCCGGACGCGGAAAGGAAUGGAGGAGGAGCUCCAGACUUCUUCCACCGAUCUAGAUAGGAAUGAGAAGGAAGAAAAGGUGAGGGUUAUUCGCGCGGCGGAGUUACGGCUCGUGCAGAGUCAAGAGGCGAUAUUGAGACCCCCGGAGUCGGGGUGGUUGGAGCCGAGGGUUGAUUGGCCUGAGGAGAUGAAUUGAGGAGAUGGGAGAGGAAGAGAAAUAAGAGUGGUAUUUAUGAUAGAGGGUAUACACGGUGCCAAAAUAGUACGUCGCUCAACGACGGACAAGAUAGCUAUAACUAAUCUAACCCGAAAAAUUGACGAUGAAGAAAUGUAGUACGAUGCUCGCAAAGACAAAAUUCCCAAAUGCUCGUUUUGGAUUGACAGUCUCAAAUGCAAACCGGAACGCCUGUCCAUAACCUGGUCUCAAUCACUCAAUCACUCGUAUUCGAAACUUCCAUACUUUCCUCCAUAUCAGCAACCUCCGAAUCAUAGCCUUCACUAGUAGGUGGAGCAAACUGCCCCGCAGAGCUCGCGCUUUGGUUCAUGGAGGGUAACGCAAACGAGCUCUCAGGGUGCC